GACUCUCCAAGUGGCGACAUCGUGAAACUACUCCCAGGACCAUUGUACGGCUGCAUACAUUCGAACGCAGCAAAAACAUGGUGGAAGCACCCUUCAUGGUGGAUGAGGACGUGGUGGCUGCAUUGCGGAAUGCGGUUCGCGACUGCUCAGAUAGAGGCCUGUUAUAUGCAUCUAAAUGGGCCGCAGAACUGUUGUCCUCGGUGCCGCCGUCCAAGCGACAGCCAGAGCCUCCUGCUGUGGUCCCGACCUUGCCCGACUUCCACACCUCAACUCCCGCCCGGUCCAGAACCCCGCCAGCCUUGUCAUUUGCAGCACGGAACAUAUUGCGUACUGACGCUCCAGAAGCUGCUCAACGUUUUCAAGCUCACGAACCUUCUGCCCCAUCCCUACAAGGACAGUCUAUCGACGUCCUAAGACAAGAAGCGGAGUGGGAAGCGCACGAUGUAGACCGCCUAGUCAUGGCUAAGGCAUUCAUGGAGGCCAAAGAGUUUCUGAGAGUAAUUCAUUGGCUCAAGCCGUGCCGAAGUUCAAAGGCAACUUUCCUCCGCGUCUAUAGCCAGUACCUGGAAAGUGAAAAGAAGGCGCAGCGGGAGUGGUACAAAUUGGAAAAAACUCGUGAGCAGCCCCCCGAGCCGGUCAAUACUUCCCUCCAUCAAUUAUUGGAGUUGGUAAGUAAUGCUACCGAUCCGUGGCUUCUGUUCCUGAAGGCUGUGUUUCUUUGUCGUCUUUCCAGGCGAGAAGAAGCGAUAGAGAGUGCAAUCCUUUCCAUCUCAAUGUACCCAUGGAACUGGUCAACAUGGGUGGCGCUGGGAGAUUGCCUUUGUGACGGCGACGAGCUGUCUUCACUCUUGCCACUGCUGCCGCUCCCCGCCAGCCAUCCCCUUGUGCUGAUGUUCCAGGUGAAGACUCUGAACAGCCUGAACAGUCCCACGGACAAUGAAUUAGCGUUAUGUGACCGACUUCUCAGCGAGGACUUCUUUCCCCGGAGCAUGUGGAUCAUGGCUCUCCGAGGGAACGUGCUCUACUAUCUGCACGACUUCACUGCUGCGGAAGGGGAAUUCCGGAAGAUUCUUGCAAUCGACCCUUACCGUGUUGACGACAUUGACAUUCUUUCGAACAUACUCUACGUUACCGAGAACACCACCGCUCUGUCGAAGCUUGCCCACGACUAUCUUGCAAUUGACAAGGACCGCCCGGAAAUUUGUUGUAUCAUUGGGAACUAUUUCUCUUUACGGGCCGAGCACGAGAAGGCGGUCAAAUAUUUCAGACGUGCGACGCAGCUCGAUCGGACUUACUUGGCAGCCUGGACACUGAUGGGCCACGAGUAUGUCGAGAUGAAAAACUCUCAUGCGGCAAUCGAGGCGUAUCGGAAAGCUGUGGAUGUCAAUCGGAAGGAUUACCGGGCCUGGUAUGGCCUGGCUCAAGCGUACGAACUCUUGAGCAUGCACCAAUAUGCCUUAUACUACUACCAACAUGCAACGGCGCUACGACCAUACGAUGUUCGCAUCUGGCAAGCACAGGGAAUGUGCUACGAAGAGAUGGGGAGGUUGAGAGAAGCGAUUGAAUGCUUGAGACGCGCUCUCAUUGGCGCUGAUCCAGAAGAGACCGUUAUCCACCUGAAGCUUGCGAAGCUUCACAACGACCUCGAGGAAUAUGCCGAGGCAGCUGCGUAUCAUCGACGGAUAGUGGAGGUCUGUCGUGCCGCACAAAAACCCGUGCCUGAGUGGUCAAAGUCCGCCGUGUACGUCGCGCGUUACCACAUCCAAUUCGGCGGCGGAGACCUUGACUUGGCCCGACAAUAUCUCCUGCUGGUGUCAACCAGCAACGCCGAGGAAGUCAACCAAGCGAACGAGAUGCUCAGGCGUUAUCUGCCGGCUGCGACUCUACGACAGCAACAGCAAAAUGCUCAGGUACGCGCUGCAUCAGAGGGCCCGCCGGUAGCAUGAGAAUGUUCAUUGUCCCUCAAUGUACUGUAUGUAGCCUUGUACCGACCAGCGGAGGGUCUCCCAAUACCUUCCUAAUUGUAUUCUGUCCC